AUGAAUAGAACCUGUAUUAGCAUUGGUAUGCUUUUAGUAAUAUUCUACAUAGCACGCACUCAAGGUCUUGAAUGUUAUCAACACGAUUAUUGUUUGAAUACAUGCGAAGAAUUAUCGAACACUAUUGUUCAAUGCACACAAGAAAAUAGUCGAUGUUGGAAAUUCACUACUCCAUUGGGUACAAAACGUGGGUGUUGUGAUUAUCGAUGUCGAAUACAAGCUAGUAUUGGUCUUAUUAACACUGCUAAUGUCUGUUGUUCAAGCAAUCUUUGUAAUUCAUCUAUUCGAAUUAAACUAACAACAAUAGCUAUUGUUUUUACAAGUUUAAUUACUUUUAUGUAUGCACGGUAUUUUAAAUAA